AUACUACGUAUUACUGGAACGACAGUUUAAAACUAGCGCUACAAAUAAUUCGUUAUCGAAACGCUAUCGAUCGCAUAAAGCUUAUACGUAAAGCGCCAUAACUCGUGGUUCAGAUGGCGCUGCGGAAAGCAUUAGGUACGCCUUGUUUGGUUAAUUCCCCUUACGAAUUUUUUACACCAAAAAUAUCUUUUACGCGACGCUUUUUUUUUCCUUACAAAAGUGGUCACUUCCAUCGUCAAAUAGUAGGACGCAAUCUUUUCAAGUAUAUAGAAAAUAAAUGAUAUUUGCGACACGCUAGCCACCCUUAUACCAUUUUUCACGAAGCAUCGAUGAUGGAAAUGUUGAUAUCGAUGCACGAGUCCAUCGUGGUAAACGAUUAAAGGGAAACUUUAUACAAGCGGAUCUAGUAAAUUUCAUACACGUGUCGUAUUUUUCUUUCUCGAUAUAUUUUUACUCCCAUCACCGACGACGACGCAUUGCGAAAAGUGUAAGAAAAAUAAAAAGAAAAAAGAGAGAUUUAAUUCGUAUCGGUGAAAGAGUAUCGAUACGCCGUUAAAUAUCCGGAAGUAGAAAAGCACGUGAGUCAUUCGACGAACGCGUAUCGGCUGUUCGUACGCUCCUAUCGUUGCUUUUCCUUUCUUUCCCGCCCACGGAAGCGAGCCAUUUGUAAUACGAUCUAUCGACGUUAACUGCUCUUUCGUCGAAAGUAUAUCGAAAGAUAAAAGGGGAAAAAGAUUACUCUUCGAAAUUACGCCGGUCGUAAUAAUUCGUGUCGGCUGUUUUCUCUCUAUUUCUUUUUCUCUCUUCCUCUCCCUCCUCUCUCUCUCUCUCUCUCUGUCCCUCUCUGUCUCUCUUUAACGAAACAUUCGAAAAUAUCAAAUAUAAAGAUGCGCGCAUUUCUACUCGAGGCUUGUGUUGAGAGCCACUGUUUAUCCGGUCUUCUGCUACACGUCAAUGGUAAAACUGUGAGGUUGCAAGAAAUUUUGUGAAUCUUUGCGGAAGACCGACUCGUUUGAUAUAUCGGUAUUUGAAGAAGAGAAAAUUUCGUUUGAUAACAAUUAUCGAAACGUAGACGCAUUGCGAAUUAACAGUGGCGCACGGUUAGCGGCCAGCGGAAUCAUUGACUAGCGUGGUACGCACUUGCUGCGCGUAUCUGACGUCGACUACUCUUGUCCGCGAAUGACUACAUGUCAAAGAUCGCGAGUGUUGUCAUCGUCGUCGUCGUCGUCGUCGUCGUUGCCUCAUCGUUGUCGUCGGUGUCGUCGUGUCGUUGUCAUCAUUGUUGUUGUCGUUGGGUGAAACAACGUAAACGAGAAAGACAUCUCGGCCGGUUCAGCGGGAUCAACGUCCCCCGUAUUAUUCAGGAUGUUGGCGCUAAUCAAUAGGAUCUUAGACUGGUUCAAGUCUCUCUUUUGGAAGGAGGAAAUGGAACUCACGCUUGUUGGACUUCAAUAUAGCGGAAAAACUACAUUCGUUAAUGUCAUAGCGUCGGGACAGUUCAGCGAAGAUAUGAUACCAACGGUGGGUUUUAAUAUGCGUAAAAUAACUAAAGGUAAUGUUACCAUUAAAGUUUGGGAUAUCGGCGGUCAACCAAGGUUUAGAUCCAUGUGGGAAAGAUACUGCAGAGGCGUCAAUGCUAUAGUAUAUAUGGUAGACGCAGCUGAUUCAGAGAAAAUUGAGGCCAGUCGUAACGAACUACAUAAUUUACUGGACAAACCUCAACUUUCCGGUAUACCAGUUUUGGUACUUGGGAAUAAAAGGGACCUCCCUCAUGCAUUGGAUGAAAAUGGACUUAUAGAAAGAAUGAAUUUAUCAGCGAUUCAAGAUCGUGAGAUUUGUUGCUAUAGUAUUUCCUGCAAAGAAAAGGACAAUAUUGAUAUCACGUUACAAUGGCUCAUAGCACAUUCCCGAAGCGGAAUACGUUAAUACGUAUGAAAUAUAUUGUGCAUUCGUGUUGGAAAACCCAAAAUAUCGAUAAAAGUAUUGGGAUCAAUCGCACGAGGAGUGUUCAGUGGAUUUUGUUCAGGAUUCAGAAUCGAGUCAUUAUCGUAGAAAAUUUCUUAAACCUAAGCUUUAGCGAUUCUAAGUUUACAUACGAAGAAUUUGUGGCGAAAUUAGGGGAGGGAGGAGUAAAAAAGUAAAAAAGUAAAAAAGUAAAAAAACAAUGCUUAUGCCAAGUACAUUUUUGUGGAUUAUAACAUGGAAAGCUCGAACGAGGGCUAAUUAGCGUUAAGAAACAAUUUUUUAUAUUUUCGUUUUUAGAUACUCGAUUCAAACAUCAGUGCUAUUAUUUGAACUUGUACUAUUGGAGCAUAAUAGUAUUUAAUGAUUAUGAUAGACCACGAUGAUAGCUAAUACGAAUACAGGCUCAAAGGUAUUAAUAUUAAUUACUAUAUAAUACGCAAUCUCUUAAAAUUACUUGAUAACGAUUAAAAGAUCACCAUGUAGAGAUUUCGAAGGAUUGAUUGCUAAAUGUACAUGAUACGAUGCUGAGUAAACUUGUAUAAUUAAUGAAGAAUAAUGGACUAUACGAUAUCAAUUUAUUAUGCUCUAUAAAAUAUGAUUGUGUGUUAUGUAUAUGUAUAUACGUAUAUGCAUAUAUACAUAUAAAUAAAACCCUAUAAUCCAUUUUUUAAAUGGAUGCUCGCCUAUGUACCGAAUCCUAAUCUCAUUGGAGAACGUAUAUGAUUUUAUUAUAUUUUAUUCAUCUUGUACUUUUAAUUACAUACGUUUGCUUCAUCUGCGUUUACUUGACUUUCUUCAUCGUUUCAUACUUGUCGCAAAUAUUUUGUUAAGUUGCGUCAACAUUACGAAUUUAUAAGUCUCAGGAUUUUAUAUAAUUUCGUGUCUAAGGUAACGUAUACGCGUACUGCGGUAUUUCGCCCAUGAGUUUCUUCGUAUGCGCGCAUGCGCAACAAAUUCGUUUCACCCUAGAGGGCGCUGUCGAUUCGAUGUGUAAUCAGUUUCUUGCUGUCAAGGAAUACGCGUCUGUUCGUCUUUACUUUCUAAUCGGAGUGUGUCGUAUAAUCGAUUAAUUAAUAUUAAAUUAUGCCUCCGACAAAUGACGACGACGAUCCUUAUGCACAUGCCGCUAAGGGACCUCUUAAAUUAAAAAACGAUCAGACUGUGAGUAAAAAGUAA